GAUGCAGGCAUCCAAUGGACGGAUCUUCUCAGAAUUUGAACUAAUCAUCUCUUCAUACCACCAUUUGUUCUUUUUCCACUUCUUUUGCAUUCUCUCAUCAUCUUUUUUAAUCCAUUUCUGAUUUGUUCUCAGCAUCCUGUAAAAAUUCAGUGGCAUCAACUCUUUUAUCCUUCUGUGUCUCCUCUUUUCCUGCCCCCACGUUUUCUUAAACUUAUUAUAUGCAAUAAAUAUUGACCAUUGUUGUAAAGACUGUAUUCAAUUUUAAUGAGGCCAGACAUCUCUCCAUUCCGAGCAACAUGGCUCCUUUCCGUCCUUCUUCUUGCCUUAUCUAUUAUCUCAUCUCUCUCUCAUGCCCAAACACAGCCUCCGUCUUAUCAACCAAGACCAGGGUUUCUAUCAACUAGCGCAUACAUUGAUGGCCAGACCAUGUAUGUCCUCGGUGGCUUCGGAGGAGAUGAUUCUCUAAUGGCUCAGAUGUUUUCCAUCGACCUUUCAAAAUCUUGGAGCACCUCCAGCCCUGCUUAUAAACGCAUGGCGGAUGGUAUCACGGACGCAAGGUUCACUAGUGUGCUCCUGCCGAACAAUAAGGAUUGGUUCGUCAUCUCUAAUAGCACCGUAUAUCUCUACAAUAUACCUUCAGGAACUUGGUCGACUGUAGGGAAAUACAACACUCUCAGUACGAGCCAUGGUCUAAGUGCAGCAGUCGACCCGGAAAAUGGGAAAGUGUAUAUACCUAAUGGGUAUGUCUUUAGCAAAGGUGGAGGAGGACCUGUUGAAUUGAUGGUAUAUUCAACAUCCGACAAAACAGUUCAGCACAAUAUCAUGACUUCAAAUCUGGUUCAAGUUAUCAACUUCUCUGUAGUUUGGGCAUCAACUUUGAAGGGAUUGCUUCUCUUUGGAGGAUCUGUAAUCAACACGCCCAACACUCGAAGCGAUCUUUAUUUCUAUAGUCCAGAAAGUGGUUGGAAGCUGUUGACGCCUAGAGGAGAUAUCCCCACGGCUCGCCGGCUAGCAUGUUUUGUUCCUGCGUAUGGCGGCACCAAGAUGGUUCUUUUUGGAGGUCAAGGAGAUCCCGUUCCACCUGCUCAGAAUGGAAAUGCUCAGAAUGACAUUUAUAUCUUGGAUGUGGCAACCCUAACCUGGACUCGAGGGCCGGACAUUGGUAAUAAUGGAGGACGUGCAGGACAUGUGUGUGCAAUCUCCAAUGAGCAGUUGAUUUCUUGGGGUGGACUAGGUAACGAUGCUUCGAGUGAUAAUAACACGUUCGUGUAUAACUUGAAGACCUCAUCAUGGACAACAGAGUAUAUUGGGACUUCGGGGUCCAGUUCCACAAACUUAGUGCCUAUCAUUGCAGGAAGUAUUGGUGGUGUUGUUCUGGUUGCGUUAUUAGUUGGGGGUUUCAUUUUUUACCGUCGCAAAAAAGCCAAGGAACAAGCUGUCAAGUCAAUUAGGCUUUCCAAGCCAUACAUCUCAAACCCUACACCCUUCGAGUACAACCAAUAUUCACCACAGUCGCCGCCACAUUCACGGCCACAGAGUCAAGAACAACAAUAUCAGCGUCAACAACAGCGUCAACAACAACACAAUUCUUAUUAUAAUGAUCUUCCAUCAGAAGAAGAAUAUUAUCUCCCUCAGCAGCAUCCAUCCCAGUCAUACAAUUCCCAUGGUCAGUCUUACGAUCAGAAUGACUAUAGCUAUGAUGAUUACAACAAUUAUACCUCUCCAAACGAGUCUUAUUAUCGCCAGAAUAACCAGACUGCACAUAAUCCUUACAGACACCGUUAAUUGUAAAGCAUACCUUGAGUUUG